AUGGAAGAGAUUAUCUUACUCAGAUCAGCUGAUAAAGUCGAUUUCAAUAAAAUCUUGAGAUUCUUUGAAAAUACCUGUUCAUACAUUACAAAUUAUUUUACUAUAUAUUCCGGUGAUUAUUUUAGAGUAUUGAAUAACGCUACUAAACCUUGGAAAGCAUCUUCAUUAGUUGGCCAUAAAUCUUGGUUUGAUGAUAAAGUGGUUGAGUUUAACCUUGAUCAAUUUUCAGAGGAGAUUGUCAUUGAGAAUACCACAAAACUCGAAACUGCGAUGGGAAGCUUCCCUGCAAUAAUAUUCAAAUUCGUAAAGGAUUUACUUGAAGAAAAUACACCGAAAGCCAGAGCGGGUGUAGAGAACUUAUCUACGACUAUUGUAAUAUUUCAUAACUUUUUAAUAAGUUUGAAAAAACUAGAGGAUUCAAUGGAUUUAUCUGGUUAUGAAUCAAAUUUGAUUAAGUUAAUAUCAAAGACAGAAUUAUUAACCGAGUUCCUUUCUCAAAUAACUUCCAUUAUAGAUUUAUCUUAUCAACAACAUGUUUCCCAAUUAAACAAAUCUGACUCUGAUGAAGACGCCGGUACAUUGUUACAUUCUUGGUUUGAUGGAUGUGUUAAGUAUGCCCUGUUAGUUUCCAUCACUAAAGAUACAACAAUCUCAAAAGUGGAUUUCCGGAAUUGUUUAUCUCAUAUCAUUCAAAUAUUUAACAAUGCAAUUAAGAAAGUCGAAUGGGGGAACUUUACUAUCGAUUCUAUAAUAUCGAAAUUUGAUCAACUCAAAUCUGAAAUGAAUCUUACACUAUGGAAAGAGAUUGAUGUCUUUUCAACUAGUUUGGGACUGACUUUGGAAAAGUUCCAAGAUUUAAAAGUUGAGAAAUAUUUCUAUUUGAUUGGAAUCAUAAGUCGACUCAAAGAGAAAUUAACCAACCUAAAGCCACCACCGGAAUAUGAACAUACAAAUAUCCAAAUUGAUGAUAUAUGUAAUCAAAUGUUUGAAAAAUUGGUCAAAAACACCCCAACUCCGAAAUUCAAAUCAUUAUUUCAAGAUUCCGUUGGGGAGUUGGUAAAGGAGGAUAAUGAAAGUGGAGAUAUUCCAAUUAGACCAAGUUUGAAAUUAACUCUGGCAAUGUAUGAACUUGCGAACGAGUAUUCGAGGAUUAAAUUGAUUGAGAACGGAUUUAAAAAAGUUUUAGCCGAGAACAGAGUGUCUGAUAAUGCUGGAUUAGAGGAAUUGGAAGCAUCUACUUUGAAUCCAGAGGUGGUCAAUGACGAACUGGAAACCACAGAGAAUGAAACGAUUCGAGAUGAAGCUGGAGAUGCAGUAGACAUACCUGUUGCUACGAAUUCGGUAGAUAAUAGAAACGGUAAGGAGAUAGAUUUAGUCGAGUCGCUGCCGGAAGCAACGAUUUCUACUUCAUCGGAUAAAUCUCGUGCACUUUCAUACCUUGCGAAUUAUUUGUUUUUAUUACAUUUCCGUAAUUCCAAGAUUGAACAAGAACAAAUCGAUGGAGCUAUUAGUUUGAUUGGAGAGUUGGUUGGUUCAACUGAAAUUGACGAGACUGCGGUUAAGAUCGUGGUGAAGGGUAUUCAAACAUUUUAUAGAUCUCAUAGAAACAUAUAUUUGCCAUUACUGAUAUCUGAAUAG